AUGUCACUUCAUCAUGCAUUUUUAACUUUAAAAUAUUGUUAUUUAUACAUAAACAAAUCAUGGUCGGGAUCGAGUUAUCCACAUUUAUCACUUCACAUCAUCGUUCUCCAAUUUUUGAAAGAUUUCGACAAUAAAAAUCCUCUCAAAAUAGAAGCUGUUAAUUUAACUUCACAUUUGUCAAUGGAAGCAGUCCAGAAGACACUCGAACUCGUCCGUGCUCGUGAUCCAGACCAGAAGGAAUUCAUCCAGGCUGUCACAGAAGUUCUUACAUCCCUCGUCCCAAUUCUCGAGAAGGAACCAAAGUACGUCAAGCUCCUCCCAGCCCUCGUUGAACCAGAGCGUGUUAUCAUGUUCCGUGUUCCAUGGGUUAACGACAAGGGUGAAAUGAUGGUCAACCGUGGUUUCCGUGUCCAAUUCAACUCCGCAAUCGGCCCAUACAAGGGUGGCUGCCGCUUCCGUGGCAACGUUAACCUUUCCAUCCUUAAGUUCCUUGGCUUCGAACAAGUUUUCAAGAACUCCCUUACAACACUCCCAAUGGGUGGUGGCAAGGGUGGUUCCGAUUUCGACCCAGCCGGCAAGUCUGAUGGCGAAGUCAUGAGAUUCUGCCAGUCCUUCAUGCUCGAACUUUCCCGCCACAUCGGAGGCAACACAGAUGUCCCAGCUGGUGAUAUCGGUGUCGGCGCUCGUGAAAUCGGCUACAUGUUCGGCCAGUACAAGCGUAUCAAGAACGUCUUCGAAGGCGUCCUUACAGGCAAGGGCAUCCCAUACGGUGGCUCCCUUAUCCGCCCAGAAGCUACUGGCUACGGUCUCGUUUACUUCGUUACAGAAAUGCUCCGCGCUCGUGGUGAGGAGAUCAAGGGCAAGCGCGCCAUGGUCUCUGGCUCCGGCAACGUUUCUCAGUACUGCUGCCAGAAGCUCAUGCAGCUUGGUGCUAUCCCAGUCUCCGUUUCCGACUCCCAUGGUGCUAUCCUCUUCAAGGACGGCAUGACAAAGGAGCAUCUUGAUGCUGUCAUGCACAUCAAGAACGUCGCUCGUACAGAGCUCAAGAAGAUCGCUGAACUCUUCCCACACCUCAAGGGCUACGAGUACAUCGACGGAAAGUCCAUCUGGGCUUGCGAGAUCCCAUGCGAAUUAGGCCUUCCAUGCGCUACACAGAACGAAAUUUUCCCAGAACACGUUCCAGUCAUGGUCAAGAACGGCGUCAAGCUCGUUGCUGAAGGUGCUAACAUGCCAUCAACAAACGAGACAAUCGAGCUCUACAUGAAGGAGAACAUCUACUACGGCCCAGGCAAGGCUGCCAACGCUGGUGGUGUUUCCGUCUCUGGCCUCGAAAUGACACAGAACUCCGUCCGCCUCGCUUGGUCAUCCGAGAAGGUCGACAAGAAGCUCAAGGAAAUCAUGCACGCCAUCUUCGAAGCUGCUCACGAAGCUUCUGAACAAUACGGCGUUCCACUUUACCAGGGUGCUAACCUUGCUGGCUUCAAGCGCGUCGCUGAGGCUAUGCUCGCUUACGGCUGCUGCUAA